UAUAUUAAGAUUCGAUUAUCAGUAUAUUUAAAAAUGGAAUCUAAUAGCAACUUUGGCUUGCUCAAAUGGAGUAAAAGAUCCUAUAAAGGAAGGUCUGAACCCAGUAAUGGCUUAAUGAGAAAUGAUUUCAAAGAUAAUCAGGAGCAAAAGGAGGUACAUCCUAUUAUUCCACCACCUCUUUUUGAUUUCAAUGGGAACAGAAUAAUACUGAGAAAUGAUCAACAAGACAUGGUACCUAGAGACGAUCUUAUUGAUGAUUCUGGUUUGUGGAGUCCAUCACGGAUUGUAAAACAACCAUAUUCUCUUUCUCAUGAAGAUCGACAUGAUUUGCAGGGAUUAGUAGAAUCUUCAUCUAAGAAAAUUCCAGUAUGAAAUAGUCCCGUGAAUUCUCUGGAAUCUCAAAGUAUCCAGAGACAUUCUUCCCCAAAUCCUGAAGAGAGGAUUUCUCAACAGCAGGAUAUACUAACUGGAGAUGAAGGAAUAGAUCAGCAAAUAUCAGGAGAUUUACUUCAAAGUGAAGACAUCACCAUAGAUGAACAAGAGGAAGAAAAGAAACAAAUGGAGCCUCUGAUGGUCAUAGAACGCCCAGAUGAUAUACCGGUGGUUGCUGUGACACUAACAGAGAAACAGUUUUAUAAAGUUGGGGAUGAUUUUACUGAAUAUAUCCAGAGACAAGUGGAUAAAGAGAGGUUUGAAGUCUUUCUUGAGAUUGUCUUUGAGCCAGAAGAUUCAUCAUACUUGAUCAACAACUUAAUAAAUAACUCCAAUCUUCGCGCUGGAGAAGUUCAGAACUUGUCUCUGAAGUACCUCAGGCUAAAAAAUUGCCAUCUACUGGAUAUUUUAAGUUCUUUUAAGAUUCCUGGGAUUCUUCUUUUUAACAACUGAUAUUUCUCUAAUUCUCUGAACCAUUUCUUAGAUUAUGCUUCGAAAUAUUUUGCUAAUUCGAGGAAAAACCAAAUAGGAUAUCUCAAAUUCAAAGAGAUUUGGACCGAAAAUAGCGAAAAUGAAUUAUCUCUGCCAGCAAAGCAAGAUUAUAGCAGAAUUCUCGCAAAGCUGAACAAUUGUCUUCUAAACGAAUGUUCAGAGACCAUUGAGCUUGAGAUUGCUGGAAAACCAAGUUCAUAUGAAGAUAUUCCAAAUAGACAAGCUCUGAUACAUUGGAAGAAGACCAAUGGAAGAAAAGCCAUCACAAAAUUAUAUGGAGAUAGCUUUAUCAUGAGUUGCAUAGAUCAAAGGAUUCAUAUAAGAAAGUUUGUGUCGAUAUCCGAAGAGGGAUACUAAC